UUUAAAAAAUUACAGAUUGAUUUAUUUUCAUCACUCUCAAUAAAUUCUACUAGCAUUCUAAAACGCAUGGACAGAAGAGCACGUGCUCGGUAUGCGUCACUUGUAUCACAGAUUAUAACCUGUCGUAACAAGAGAAACGUGCCACUUAUGUACCAGAAUAUCACAUCGAAAGAAUGUCGUGAAAGUUUCUGUAUAAAGUACAAGGUACAUUUGAUCUGUGAUCGGUAUUUCCAAUAUUUUUAGUGUUUGGUCGAGGUGUUCUGUACUUGUGAUAUUUAUGAAAAGAAUGGCGUUAGUAAAUCAUUUUAAAAAAUUCUCGAGAUCAGUUCUCAAUAUUGCUUCGAAUUAUUCAAAAUAUACAAGCAACACAAUGUUGCCUUUUUUACAGACAACAAGGGGAGCAUCAACCACGCAACAGCUUUCAGAAAAACAAGAAGUUAACGUAACGUUUGUUAGAGCAAAUGGAGAGAGAAUCAAAGCAAAAGGGAAAGUUGGAGAUACUAUAUUAGAUAUAGUUGUAAACAACGAGAUUGAUUUAGAUGGAUACGGUGCUUGCGAAGGAACAUUAACUUGUAGUACAUGCCAUUUAAUAUUUUCAAAAGAAGUUUAUGACGCACUUCCUAACGAACCAACAGAUGAAGAAUUAGACAUGUUGGAUUUAGCAUAUGAAUUGACAGACACGUCACGUCUAGGUUGUCAAAUAGUAAUGACUAAAAAACUAGAUGGAAUUGAGGUAAGAGUUCCAUCAACAAUUAAUGAUGCAAGGGCGUAACUAGAAUUGGGUACUUCAUGACAAUUAUUAAAAUGUUGAUAAUAAAAAAUUUUGCUUCUAAAUAUGAAGCUUAUAUAUUUUAUAUAU